CGGAAGAUUGCCGUGGUUGUCGACGAUUCUCUUUAAUUUUUUUCCUUGAUCAUCGCUUAAAAUCAAACAGGUGCUUUACAAUAAGCUAAAGGGACAAUUGAAAAGCUCAGAUAUAAUUUUCAAGUGAUUUGACGGAUUCAUCUGGGAUUUUGUUUCGGUUUUUGUCGAAUUUUAGCAGGUUUCAUGAUGCGUGUUCUUGUCAAUUUAUUGAACGCAAAGACAAUUGCUGUGAAGGUGCAAUCUUCAGACACUGUUGACGUGCUAAAAGAAAUAAUAUCUCAAGCUACUGGACUUUCUCCUGCCUCUCAGCGUCUUUCACAGAAAAGAGAUGGCGAAGAGAUCGAACGUCGUAGCAUUUGUGUGGGGGAUUUGAUUAAACCAGACUCUCUCAUUUAUGUGGCCUACAAACAGUUGAACUCAGUAAAUUUAUUUUUUAUCAAUGCUGUGACCGAAACAGGAAGAGUUCUGAAGGUAACUCUUGAAAAAGGACAAUCUUCCACCAUCAACGAUCUGAGGAGAAAGUUAUCGAGUCGGGCAAUGCUUGGUGUUCCAGAGUACAGUCUGUUUCUGCGCCAAAUAGACUCGCCUUACAAGAACAAAUGCUUAGGGGAAUCCUUCAACAGUUUGGACGAAUCUGGUGUCAAUCAUGGUUCGGUUGUGUACGUGCAAAUCCAUCCGUGGGAGAAAAACUGGUUCCAUGGGAAAAUAUCCCGCGACCAAGCAGAACAGAUCAUGUCCUCUGCAAGUAGUGGACAAUUCCUUGUUAAAGAGAGUUUACAUUAUCCUGGAGAUUAUGUCAUUUUUGUGUGUAUUGAUGGCAAAACCAAGUACUGGAAGGUGUCCUGGAGCAGGAUGAUGCAAUUUACUGUUGAUGAACAAGAGUAUUUUGACAGCAUCACUGACAUGGUGACAUUCUACCAAAAAAACACAGGAUUUUGGCCGCCAAUCAAACUGACCAAGCCUGUAUGCAGACAAGAGGUUACUAAUGGAAGUGCAAAUGAUUCCUCAUUGAUUACACGGGAAGACAAUAACUUACAAAGAGGUCGUCUUUGCACAAAUCCAGACCUAAAAAUUAAUCUUACUGUGGUAGUUGGACAAAAGACGUUCUCACUUCUGACAAGUCCUUUCUAUCAAGUGGAUUAUUUGAAGAAACAAGUUGAAGAAUUGAGUGGAGUGCCUGUUGACUCUCAAUUAAUAAGACUAAAUGACAAGGCAUUGGUGAUGCACAAUUUUUCUCUGAGAGACCAUCGUAUUUUGAACAACUCAACUAUUCAUGUUCAAGUUCACCCAUGGAAUGAAGAUUGGUAUGUUGGCAAAAUGUCAGAGAAAGAAAUAGAAUCUGUUGUGAAGGAGCUAGGCCAUGUGACUGAUGGAAUGUUCCUUAUAAGAGAUAGUGCUAAUUCUCCAGGAGAUUAUGCACUCUUGGUCUGGCUUCAAGGCAAGCAUCAGUCCUAUCGAGUGUCGUACAAGAAACAGUUAUACAACAUUGAUAAGAAGUCACACUUUGGCAGCCUGUCUCAAUUGGUAGAGCACUAUAAACGCCCAAGUGGUUUUCUAGAUACAAUUCUCACCAAGCCAGUGAAAUUUAAUAAAGAGCAAAAAGGCCUCAUUCCACCUGCCAUUCUAGCAAGAGGUAUUAAAGCCAAAGAGGCUUACAGCAGAGCUUUAGAGCAUGGUAAAACAUGCGACAUUCGUGUGAGAGUCAUGCUGAUUGGACAAGACCAUGCAGGCAAGACAAGUGUUAAGAGAUCACUCAUGGGUGACAAGUUUAACAGAGAUGAGGUCAGCACAGCAGGUGUGCAGAUGGACCCACCUUUGUUAAGAGUCGGAAAAAAGCCAUGGAAACCAGAAUCCGUUUCUAAUGAGUUACCUACCACUAUGUUUGAUCACAAUACUGCUCAGUUGGUAGCCAGGCAGUUGUCAGGAGGCCAUGACGAACUAGAAAAGACACUCAGUAAAUCUGCUGCUUCUGAUGUGCAUGAUGAAAAACCUGAAACUAAACAAAGUCUGUCUAAUGGGGUGCAUAGCGAAGAAGAGUUUGAUUUUAAACAAAAUCUUUCACGGACCAGUAUUCCAUCCAGUGGUUACGAAAGUUCAUCAAGUGGUGACAGGAGCUCUCGAGGCUCGCCCACGUUCCCAUAUAUUGGAUCGGGGGAGAAAAAUACCUCUGGCGAACCCACUUCACCAGUCCUCCAAGAUGAAGUGUUCGCCAAUGACCCCAAACCUUUCCGUCAUCUGUCGCAGGAGAUCAUGAUCUUGGUCGAACGUAUGCUUCAACAAGGCACUCACUCAGUUGGUGCAGAUCAGAUAUGGCCAGUGAUCUGGGACUUCGCAGGCCAAUCCCUAUAUCACGCCUUACAUCCCAUCUUUAUGUCGCGUGAAGCUGUGUAUCUACUUGUGUCUGACUUGAGCAAAGACUUGUUACAAAGGGCAGAUAACAGUGCAAAGCAAACCAAACAGCCGGGGGUCAGGACAGCGACUAAGGGCGAGUCUAGUCUUGAUCAUCUCAUGAAGUGGAUGGAUUUGGUUCAUUCUUUUCGGAAUCCUACCCAUAAUGCCGUAGAUCCUCAGGGUUUUGCCCAACCUCCGGUCAUCUUGGUCGGCACUCAUGCCGAUAAGGUGACUGGAGAUCCAUGGGAUGCCAUGAAUAAGAUCCUCGAGAGUUUUGAAGGCAAGGCCUUUUCAUCCCAUAUCGUCGACGACAAAUUUGUUGUCGACAACACUCGUGCUGGACAGCCUUUUAAACAUGAGGAUCAAAAUGUCCACAGACUCAGAGAGAAAAUUAUCUCGGUGGCGUCAACAUUGCCUCACACCAAGCAACUCAUACCGUUGCAGUGGCUCCACGUUGAGAAGUUACUUCAUCACUUAGCCAGCAAAGGAUACAAGCACAUCACCAGAAUGGAAUUCAGAGAAGUUUCUAACAAAAUUUGCCAAUUCGAAGUGGAAGAAGAUAGCGAGGAAUUGUUGCAUUUCUUGUGCGAUUGCGGCGCAGUUCUCUACUUUAAAGACGAGUCAAAUCUGUUCAACAGUCUGGUGAUACUCGACCCGCAAUGGCUGAUCAAUGUAUUCUGUGAAAUUCUUAGAAGUGUCCCCGGCAAGAGAGAGACAAUGAAAAUUCGGGAACAUCGCCGGAUUCUUGCUAAAGACGGGAUCUUGUCUAAUGAACUUAUUGAAUAUACAUGUAAGAAACUUAAACUUGAACUCUCCCAAGAAAUGCUAAUUUUAAUUAUGGAAAAAAGCAACCUCAUCUGCCACUGGAAUGAGCAAAAUGGCAAAGUGGUCUAUCUUGUGCCCUCGAUGCUGACUGCUAAACCAGACAAAGAUAUAUCUGGACUGAUUGGUCAAGGGAAGCUUGCUCCAAUUUACAUUAAAUUUUCCUCUGGAUAUGUUCCUUAUGGCGUGUUCUGCAGAUUCCUGGUAUUAUUUGGUCAACAAAGUUCUCCCGAGUGUCCUGCCACUCCACCGAAGCUUUUCGCAAACGCAGCUCGAUUUGUCGUCGGCCAGCAAAGCAACUACAACUUGACGUUAGCCUGCUUCAAGAGUGUCAUAACGGUUCAUCUGGUUUUUGAAGGGAAGUCUGAGGAUGGACGAGAAACGGCUUCCAUCUGCCGACAUAUUUGCAGUACUGUAGAACGUACCCUGAAGUCUCUUUGUGUGCAGCAUCCGUGGUUACACUCCAUGGAGUGGGAGCUGUGUGCCCGAUGUGACCUCUGUAUGGGUGAAGACGAAGAUCCCGAGGGCUGUUCAUGGCAUCGUGCACGCUCAUGUCCUCAUCCUGACUGUUCACACUUCAUUCCUUUAGUAUCAAAGCCUUUGAUGUGUGACAGAACCUACAGAUCAUCAAGUUGUUUGCUCAGCGAGGAAAAACUUAAGCCUUGGGUUAAGCAUUUACGCUGCACAAAUCAGAAUCCAGCCCAAUUGCAGUUUAAACCUGGUGUGGUGUCUCAUGAUGAUCAACUGCGCCUGGCGCAUGAUGUCGGUAACAAGUGGGAGCAAUUGUGCCGCAUCCUGCUAAACGAAAAACAUCGGGAGCAUAUUGAGCGCGAUAAAACAAGCCUGUUUGACAAGUGCUUUGCUACACUGUGUACUUGGGUAGGGGCUCAGGGAAGUGGUGCCACAUAUUGUGCUCUUGGAAUGGCGUUGAAGACGCUGAUGGAAGAGGAGUCAGACACAGAAGAUCUCUGUACUCGGUACUGCCUGGAGUCACAGGGUGUGAUGGAGAGUAGUGUUGAAGACACUGUCGACUCUAAAACGGAAUAAGCUGAGUUCUGAGGGUAGACGACAUCGUAGGCUUCUUUGAAACCCAUUAACUCUUUGUGGUCCGUGUUCAUUUGUUAGGCCAACCACAAUAAAAUGUUAUAGAAUAAA